AUGCGUCUUUCUUCUUCUCUUCAAGAUCUGCCGACCUUCACUAGAAUUGAUGCUUUGGAAGGGGGCUCUAGUGUUGGCAGUGAUCUGAGCUCAGGACGUGCAAAACCUGUCCGCAUGCUUCAAAGAGAUGGUGCUGUCGCAAGCUUUUCCAAAGAAAGAACACCCCCAUCAUCACCGACAAAUAGAAAGAAAUGCAUGAGAGCAGCCGGAUGUGCUAUUGCACUGAGCUUAUUGGUGUUCUUUGCAUAUGGUUCUUGGAGAUAUUUCCAUGUGUUCCUCUCUGAAGGAAGCUCUGAAUACUUUGUGGUUCUUGAUUGUGGCAGCACUGGUACAAGAGUUUAUGUCUAUGAAUGGCAUCUUAAUCAUAAUGACGCAAAUGCAUUUCCUAUUGUUUUGAAACCUAUAGGGAAUGCUCCUAAGAAGAAAUCUGGUAAAUUAACCCGACUAUAUCAGCGAAUGGAGACAGAACCUGGAUUGAGCAAGCUUGUUCACAAUGAAUCCGGAUUGAAGAAGGCAAUAGAGCCCCUUCUUCAAAUGGCUGAGAAAUUGAUCCCUAGACAUGCACACAAACAUACUCCACUUUUUCUUUAUGCUACUGCUGGUGUCCGCAAGCUACCUAGUGCAGAUUCAGAGUGGCUCCUGGAUAAGGCCUGGGAUAUUCUGAACAAUUCAUCAUUUUUAUGUAGUAGAGACAGAGUUAAGAUCAUUAGUGGCAUGGAUGAAGCUUAUUAUGGAUGGAUAGCUCUUAACCACCACAUGAAUAUGCUUGGCACCUCAUCAUCUAAAAUGACAUAUGGUUCACUUGAUUUAGGUGGAUCGUCAUUACAGGUUACAUUUGAGAAUGAUAAAUCAGUGCAGGAUGAGACAAGCAUUCGUCUGAGUAUUGGUUCAGUUGAUCAUCACCUUAGUGCUUAUUCUCUUACUGGUUAUGGGUUAAAUGAUGCAUUUGAUAAAUCUGUAGCACAUCUAGUGAAAAGGUUGGGAGCAGCAGCUAGUAAUGGCAAGGUUCAAGUCAAACAUCCCUGUCUACAGACUGGAUACAAAGAAGAUUACACUUGUUCUUACUGCCACCCAUUAAAACAAGAUGGAAGUCCCAGUGUUGGUGAGAAGAACACUGGCAAAGAGAAGCAGGGAAUAGCUGUUGAACUGGUUGGAGCACCUCAGUGGAAUGAAUGUAGUGCUCUUGCAAAAGUUACAGUCAACCUUUCUGAGUGGUCCAGUGCAAGUCCAGGGCUUGAUUGUAACAUUCAUCCUUGUGCUCUUGCUUCUAACUUUCCCCAACCACAUGGUGAUGGAAGAACAAAGACACCACUGAGCCCUACUGUUGCUGGGUCAGAUCCUCAUCCAUUUGGUAUGAGCCAUGGAUUAGGAGGCAGCAAUGUUCAGCUUAUGGAGUCCUCAAGGCAAUCCUUGGGCGCCUAUCACAGCUAUUCUGUUGGGAGCUUAGGUCAGAUGCAGUUUUCCAGUGGUGUGAGGAACCCUAGCCGAGGUCAGACUACACUUCAAAGCGGAGGUCGUGAGUCAAGAGAAGAUCUCAUUUCUUCAGUUGCUGAUAUUCAUGUUCCAAAAGUGUAG